AGCCAUAUAUGCACCAAACCAAACUUUCGUUCGUUCCCUCUUGCUUAAUUAGACACAGCCCAAGUUUUGAAGUUUUUAAGUAUUUUUUACAAUUUAAAUUCAGUGGACAAUAUAAAAAUGCAACGCAGUAUACUUCAAGUUACCAAUUUUCAACUAGUGCAGAAACGUUUUUUCAAAAAACACCACGUUAGGGUUAGAUUUGCACCUAGUCCCACUGGCCACUUGCAUUUAGGAGGAUUGCGUACUGCAUUGUACAACUAUUUAUUUGCACGUAGUAACAAAGGCACAUUUAUUUUGCGAAUGGAAGAUACUGAUCAGACAAGAACAAUUUCUGGAGCAAUGGAAAAACUUCAAGAUGAUCUAUUUUGGGCAGGGAUUAUAUCUGAUGAAGAUCCUGUUAGAGGUGGCCCUAUGGGUCCUUAUAUACAAUCAUCCAGACUUGAAUUAUACAAGGAACAAGUACUUAAACUCAUAAAUAAUGAAUCUGCCUACUACUGCUUUUGUUCAGAAAAAAGACUAGAAGUGUUAAGAAAAGAGGCAAUGAAAUGUGGACAAAUACCUAAAUAUGAUAAUAGGUGUAGACACUUUAGUAGAGAUGAAGUAAAAGAACUAUUUAAGAACCAUGCAACUUGUUGUAUUAGAUUUAAAUUACCAAGUACACCAGAACUAUUUCAUGAUAUGGUUUAUGGAGAUGUGCUGCAUGAUAUAGCUAAGACUGAAGGAGAUCCAGUUAUUAUAAAAUCAGAUGGCUAUCCGACUUAUCACUUUGCAAAUGUUGUUGAUGAUCACUUUAUGGAAAUUUCUCAUGUUUUACGAGGUGUUGAAUGGCAGAUUUCUACACCUAAACAUAUUAUGCUUUAUAAAGCAUUUGGUUGGGAUCCUCCUAUGUAUGGCCACUUACCUUUAAUAUUGAAUGCGGAUGGAUCUAAAUUAUCAAAGAGACAAAAUGAUAUAAAAAUCGAAGUUUUUAGAAAACAGGGCAUAUUUCCAUUAGCAUUAGUCAAUUAUGUAAUAGGUGCUGGUGGUGGUUUUUAUAAAGAACAAGGAAACAAAGAUCUUUAUAGUUACGAAGAACUAAUUAAAAAGUUUGAUAUUAGUAAAAUUAAAGUAAAUUCUGGCAAACUUAUGCCCAAAAGACUGUUAGAGUUUAAUAAGUUAGAAAUUUCAAAUUUACUAAAUAAUGAAAAGAAUCAUAAAUUUAUAAUAGAAAAGGUUAAAAGAAUAGUCUUAGAAGCAUUUCCAGAACGAAAAAAUAAUAGUUUGCAGUUAGACGAUCAUCACAUAAUUACUACAUUAAAGUGGGCACAGAAUAGAAUAUGGAUGCUCAAUGAUCUUGUUAAAGAAGAUCUAGCAUUUUUAUGGGUUAUGCCAGCUUCUACGCCGUAUAUUGAACAAACUGAAUAUUUAAAUACAAUUAAAUUAUUGAAUACGGAAUUAGCUGAAAUAGACGCAGGCAAUUACAAGACCAGUUGGAUAGGCUCAUACUUAAAGGACUUUGCUGUAAAAAAUGGAAUUCCAUUUUCUGCUUUAAUGAAAGUUUUAAGAAAUGUUUUAAGCGGAUUAAACGCUGGGCCACCUGUUGCUGAAAUGAUAGAAAUAUUAGGAAAAAAUAGUACAUUGUUGCGAUUACAACGUUGCGUUUCCUGAGAAAACUUAUAUACCGUUGAAUUGUAAAUUAUGAUUAUGGUAUUAAAAGUUAAGUACUUUGAAAACAUCUAGUUUGCGUACAUUUGUACUGGAGUAAUUUUUUAUCUAUGUUAUUAAAUCUUCACUUCUUGAUUUUGAUAAUAGCUGCGUUCAGCAGAACUCAGUGCUUAGCAAGCGCUUUGUGCUACGCUUCCAGCAGCUUUAAUGUUCUGCUGAACGCUCUUGUGUGUAUGUAUGACAUUUUACAUGCAGGUAGAUUAGGUAUAUACACUAAAUAUAAAACUAAAAUAUU